AUGGAUAAUAAUAAUAAUAAUGAUAAUAAUAAUGAUAAAUUAUUUUUUAAAAUUUGGAGAAAUAAAUUUAUUUUAAAAAAUAUAAUUUAUAAUUUAAAAAGGAUAAUAGAAUGUGAAAAAUUUACAAAGUAUAAAGAAUUUACAAUAAAAUCAUUAAUAGAUUUCAAUGAAAGAGAUAUAAUUAGAAAUGUUUAUUUAGGAAUAGAUAAAGAUAAUGAAAAUGAAUGUUUUACUAAUAAUAAUAAUAAUAAUAAUAAUGAAAAUAAUUAUUAUUAUUUGGAAAUAUUAGAUAAAGGUGUUAUUCCAUAUGGUGUUGUAGAAUUAUCAAUUAAUAAUAACAAAGAAUUAAUUAAUGGUUCAAUUCCAUCGACUGUUGAAACAUUAAAUUUAAUGAGUAAAUUUAAACAAGAGAUUAAAGUUGGGAUUCUACCAUCAUCAAUUUCAAAAUUAAAAUUCUCUGAAUAUAAUAUCAAAAUUUCAAAACCAUCAAUACUUCCAAUUAAUUUAAAAUCAAUUGAUUUCGGAUUAUAUUAUAAUCAAGAAAUUGAAAAAAACAUAUUACCAAAUUCAUUAGAAAUUUUAAAAUUAUCAAAUGAUUUUAAUAAACCAUUAGAUUUCAAUAACUUACCAAUAAAUUUAAAACAUUUAAUUUUUGGUGAUAAAUUUAAUAAAGAAUUAUUAUCAAAUAAUAAUGAUAAUGAUACUAAUGAAAAAUUACCAAAUUUAAUUGAAUUUAUAAAGUUUGGUGAAAGUUUUGAUCAAGAAUUUAAUAUUUUAAAUUUGAAAAAAUUAAAAAUUAUAAUAUUUGGAUCAAGGUUUAAUUCUUCGAUAUUUGGUUUGAAAAUGUGUGAAUCACUUGAAACUGUAGAAUUUGGGAGUAGUUUUAAUCAAAUUAUCGAUAAUCAAUUACCAAAUUCUUUAAAGAAUUUAAAAUUUGGAUUAAAAUUUGAUAAAGUAUUAUUACCAAUGCUAUCAUUACCAAAGAAUUUAGAAACAUUAGAAUUUGGUCUACUCUAUAACCAAAAGUUUCAACCAAACACAUUCCCAUUAUCUUUAACUUCUCUAAAAUUUGGUUUCAAUUAUAAUCAAACAUUUCCAAAAGAUGUUUUAUCCUUAAACUCAAAUUUAAAAAUUUUACAUUUUGGUUAUUGUUGGAAUCAACCAUUUUCAUCAUCAUCGUCAUCAUCAUCAUCUUUAAAUAUUUUACCAUUUGAGUCAAUUACAGAGUUAAAAUUUGGUAAACAAUUUUAUCAAAAAAUUAAAUCAAAUUUAUUUAGAUCUGCAGUUAAUUUGAAAUCACUUGAUUUGGGUGACUCGAUUAGUCAGAGUAUAGCAAUUGAAAGUUUACCAAAAUCAUUAAGUUCACUUACAAUUGGUAAUACAUUUAAUGAAAAGAUUGAGUCAUUGCCAGUGUUGUUAAAAUGUUUACAAAUUGGAUCCUCAUUUAAUAGUCAUUCAUUCCCAAUUAACUUCUUUCCAAAUAGUUUGGAGAGAUUAAGUUUUAAUAAAGUUUCAUUAUUUAAUAAUGUUUUUAAACCUGGUUGCUUUUCAAUUGAUUUUUCAAAUUUGGUUCAAUUGGAUUUAGGUCAAUCAUUCAAUCAAACUUUAAAACCAAACACUUUACCAAAUUCUUUAAAAAUUUUAAAUCUAUCAACAAACUUUAACAAAUCAUUAGAAAUUGGUACACUACCUCAAAAUUUACAAGAAUUAACAUUUGGAUUAAAAUUUAAUCAACCAAUUUUAAAAAAUCAUUUACCUUUAAAUUUAAAAAAAUUAAUAUUUCCAAAUCAAUCUAAAUUUAAUCAACCAUUAACAUAUUUUAAAAAUAAUCAAAAUGAUAAUCAAAAUAAUCAAAAUAAUAAUAAUAAUAAUGAGGAAAAUGAAGAAAAAGUAGAAAAAAUAGAAGAAAAUGAAGAAGAAAAUUAUGAAAAUAUUUUACCAAAUGGUUUAAUUGAAUUAAAAAUUGGUGGUGGUUUAAUUCAAAAUUUUAAAUAUUCAUUUAAAGAUUUAGAUAAUUUAGAAACUUUGAAAUUUAGUUAUGUUUUUGAUAAAGUUAAUUUUCAAGAUAUUUAUUAUAAUGAAAAUCUUAAACAUUUGGAAUUUUGGUGUCUUGGCCAAGAUUUUAUUUUACCACCAAAUUUAGUAACAUUAACUGUUGCUUAUAAUAAUUCUUCAAUUUUUGACAAAUUCAAAACUUUACCAAAAUCUUUAAAACUUAUAAAAUUAUUUAAUACUAAAAUUGAAAAAAAUCUAAUUCCACCAACUUGUAAUCUUGUAAAAUUUUUACGUUAA